UUAUAUUAUUAUUAUAAAUUAUAAACAUGUGUCUGCCAUUAACGAGCUGUUGUUUUUGUGUGAAGUUAGAUGUUGGUGCGAAGAUUAUCUCAAUAAUUAAUUUAGUAUUUUCAGUUGCGAUUGCGAUGUUGUACGGCACAGCAGCCAUGAUGCCCUCGUACGUGGCUGAAACUAGGAAGAUUGUGUACGCAAUCGUAGCAAAUGUCGCCAUGUUUGAAAUCAUCAUUGGAAGUCUUUUAAUUUAUGGAGUUUUUGGGAAAAAACCCCGGUUAAUCCUGCCGUGGUUAAUAACGAGCUGGGUCUUCUGCGUAUCACUUCUUGCUCUAUCAAUCUUCGGAACGAUACUGAUAGUUCUGAAAUACACGCGAGAUCAGGAGACAACGAGCGAAGUCAGCACCAUGUCGUCUGUGUACUGUCUGUAUGCGCUGACUCUCUAUUACUUCGCGGCUGUAGUCAACAGUCGGCGCGAGGAAAUGCUUUUCGACGACCACACAGAAUCCUCCCAGGGCUUGAUGAGAAGAGAAUUUGGAAUAAAGUUUCCAAUAUAAAUAUUACUUUGUGAGAUAUAUGUCUUGGAAUUAUCCUCAAGACCAAACAAUCAAUAUUAAAUACGAUAAAUAUGCUAAUCUCGAUCUUCACUAAGUAUGCUGAACGCAAUUAUACAGAUAGUAGGACGUAAUGAAGCUUGCGAAGAAAGAGAUUAUCCUGCUUAAAAUUGUGCAUACCUCUAUUGUAUAUUAGGUAAAAUUAAACGAAUCUCUUUAUUAAAAUUAAAAAUAUAGAAAACAAAAAAAAGACGAUUACAAAAAAAUACCAUCAACAUUCUUUGUAUGUAAAAUCUUAGA